AUGGGGACUUCGAUUCUCAGUAGCUCUAAUCUCACUUCACCAUCUUUGUGUAUACUUUCGAUUCCCACCUUAUCCUCUUCCUUCUCCUCACCAUUAUCAUCUCUUAAUCUCCGAUCGCAUCACCACCGUUCCGUUGCCCUUAGCACCGCCGGAAAAUUCCAUCUCUCGUGUUCUCUCUCUGAUUCGUCUCCUCUACCUCCGUAUUCUCCUCGCCGUCGUCCUGAUUACAUCCCUAACCGCAUUUCCGAUCCAAAUUACGUCAGAAUCUUCGAUACGACUCUCCGAGACGGCGAACAAUCUCCCGGAGCUACGUUAACCUCCAAGGAAAAGCUCGACAUCGCUCGUCAAUUAGCGAAACUCGGAGUCGACAUCAUCGAAGCUGGGUUUCCCGCUGCUUCGAAAGACGAUUUCGAAGCUGUGAAGACCAUAGCGGAAACUGUUGGUAAUUCCGUCGACGAAAAUGGCUAUGUUCCUGUAAUCUGUGGUCUCUCGAGAUGUAACAAGAAGGAUAUAGAGACGGCUUGGGAAGCUGUGAGGUACGCAAAACGGCCUAGGAUCCAUACCUUUAUAGCUACCAGUGACAUUCACUUGAAGCAUAAGCUUAAGAAGAGCAAAGAAGAAGUUAUUGAAAUCGCCAGGAAUAUGGUUAGAUUCGCAAGGAGCUUAGGAUGUGAAGAUGUUGAAUUUAGUCCAGAAGAUGCAGGAAGAUCGGAGAGAGAGUACUUAUAUGAGAUUCUUGGUGAAGUGAUAAAAGCUGGAGCAACAACUCUAAACAUACCUGACACUGUUGGUAUAACAUUGCCUAGUGAGUUUGGUCAGUUGAUUGCUGAUAUUAAAGCCAAUACUCAUGGGAUCCAAAAUGUUAUAAUCUCUACACAUUGUCAGAAUGAUCUCGGACUCUCCACCGCCAAUACUCUAUCUGGUGCACAUUCGGGUGCGAGGCAAGUGGAAGUGACAAUCAAUGGGAUUGGGGAAAGAGCUGGAAAUGCUUCGUUAGAAGAGGUUGUGAUGGCCAUAAAAUGCCGUGGAGAUCAGGUAUUAGGAGGCCUAUUUACUGGAAUUGAUACUCGGCAUAUUGUUAUGACAAGCAAGAUGGUUGAAGAGUACACUGGUAUGCAAACGCAGCCCCAUAAGGCUAUCGUAGGAGCUAAUGCCUUUGCGCAUGAAAGUGGUAUCCAUCAGGAUGGAAUGCUGAAACACAAGGGUACAUAUGAAAUUAUGAGCCCCGAAGAGAUCGGACUUGAGCGAUCGAAUGAAGCUGGGAUUGUGUUGGGGAAGCUUAGUGGGCGUCAUGCACUGAGAGACCGUUUGAAUGAGCUCGGUUAUGAAUUAGAUGAUGUGCAGCUUAGCAACCUUUUCUGGCGUUUCAAAUCUGUGGCUGAGCAAAAAAAGAGAGUAACUGAUGCUGACUUAAUAGCUUUAGUAUCUGAUGAAGUUUUUCAGCCAGAGGCCGUGUGGACACUCGUGGACAUGCAGAUAACUUGUGGAACUCUCGGUCUCUCAACAUCAACUGUAAAACUUGCUGAUUCCAACGGCAAAGAGCAUGUAGCUUGUUCUGUUGGAACCGGACCUGUUGAUGCAGCUUACAAGGCUGUCGAUCUUAUCGUUAAGGAACCCACGACCCUGCUUGAGUACUCAAUGAAUGCAGUGACUGAAGGCGUUGAUGCUAUUGCAACCACACGGGUUCUAAUCCGUGGAGACAACAACUAUUCAUCAACAAACGCGGUAACUGGUGAAUCUGUUCAAAGAACUUUCAGUGGAACCGGAGCAGGAAUGGACAUUGUCGUAUCGAGCGUUAAAGCUUAUGUUGGAGCUUUAAACAAAAUGUUGGGCUUCAAAGAACACUCCACUCGAAGCCUCACAAUGAUGGCAACAGGUCUUUACCAAAAAGCAACAGUGUCUUCUUGCAUCCAAGAAACCUCAGGCCAAUUCGUAUUACUCGGUUUGAUCCUUUUACUGAUUCCUCAGAUCGGUCUAUACGGAAUUUGCUGCCGCUCUAAGCGCCUUUUCCUCUUUUUCUUCUACGGUAUGAUUGUGGUCAUAAUCGUUGUAACUUCUUACUCAACCAAAUGCUUCAUUUACAACAUCACUUUUGGCAUCGCCAAGAAUCCGGCCGAGGACCACCGCUCAGCCAAUCAGUUGCUUGGCCGGCUGGUCUCUCGGGAGAAGUUUCAAAGCGUAAUCGAGUGUAUCAUUCACAAACAUGACUGUAAUUACAAUGCCAGCAAAAACAGCAAUGUUUGGACUUAUUGCUGCGCGCAGCCGGACGGAUGUGGGGACAGGACGAUGUUCGAUAAGCCAGGCGAAUGGAGUUGGAAAGAUCAGUAUCAACAAAACCAAGUUCCGGAAGAAUGUUCUUAUGGUUAUUGUUUGAGUUGCAAAGGUUGCCAACUUAGCAUCUUGAAAGCCAUUGUUCAUCAAUGGAAGUAUCUCUCCAUGUUUUCUUACCCAACUCUAGUCAUUUCUUGCAUCAGUUUUGCCAUAGCUUGGUGUCUCAAGGACAAAAUCGAUGAAGUAGAGGAUUAUCGAGGUUCUUAUAGUUGA